AUGCAUUCUUCUUCGUCCAUCAUCACCACCCUGGAAGAAGAAGAGAAGAAGCCUCCUGCUCAUCUUCAUCAAUAUCAUCAUCAUCUUCAUCAACAGUCAGUAGAAGACGUCGGAAGUGCCACCUCAUCAGCCACGCUGCUUCUUCUGGAUACUUCCGCUGCCACGUGGAUGAUGCCGUCCUCGACGACGCACCCUCAAAUCUCCGAGAUAAGCGGAAAUGAAUGCGCUGCAUGUGCACAGCCUAUUCUUGACAGAUAUGUAUUCACCGUUCUUGGCAAAUGUUGGCAUCAAUCAUGUCUCCGAUGUUGCGAUUGUCGAGCUCCAAUGUCGAUGACUUGUUUCAGUAAAGAUGGCCUGAUAUUGUGUAAAACAGACUAUUCAAGAAGGUACGGUCAUCGAUGCGCUGGAUGUGAUGGAAAACUGGAAAAAGAGGAUUUAGUAAGGAGAGCAAGAGACAAAGUAUUUCAUAUUCGAUGUUUUCAAUGUUCAGUAUGUCAAAGGCUCUUGGAUACGGGUGAUCAGCUUUAUAUCAUGGAGGGAAAUCGAUUAUGUGUCAAAAUGAUUUUCAAACGGCUACCAAAACAUCGACUCCAACAUCAAUGCACCGUCCAAGGUGGUCUUGACGACGUUGAUGGUGACUGUGGAAAGGAUAACUCUGAUGACUCAAACUCUGCAAAACGGCGGGGUCCUCGAACAACAAUCAAAGCUAAACAGCUUGAAACAUUGAAAAAUGCAUUCGCUGCGACCCCGAAACCAACUCGACACAUCCGUGAACAACUUGCUGCCGAGACAGGGCUGAACAUGAGAGUCAUUCAGGUGUGGUUCCAAAAUCGACGAAGCAAGGAACGUCGAAUGAAACAGCUUCGAUACGGUGGAUAUCGUCAAUCCAGAAGACAACGUCGAGAGGAUAUCGUUGAUAUGUUUCCGAAUGACCAACAGUUCUACCCUCCACCACCUCCAUCAAACGUUCAAUUCUUCUGUGACCCAUAUGGAAGUCCUCCAAAUAACGGAGAGUCGAUGCAAAUUCCAUCACAAUUCACAGUACCUCCGGAGACUAUGAAUAUGGUGCCAGAACCAUAUGCCGAAUCAUCGUCAACACCACCAGAGUUCAAUGAAGAUGCAUUCACAUGCAUUUAUUCCACUGAUGUCGGAAAACCAACUCCAGUUUCAUGGUAG